AUGGCCAACACUGCCAAUGGCACUACUAGCUCCUACGGCCCUGCCGCCCACCCCUUUGGUUCCCGGUUUCCGUUCCCGCCAGAAAUCAAUGCAAGGAUCUUCGAGUACGUCCUUGGGGGCAGACCGGACACCGUGAAUCCUCGUCUCCUCCCCCGCCAUCUCUGGAGCGUCAACAGUGCCUGGAAUGCGUACCUCGAUGUCUACAUCACCAGUCACUACAGUUUUGACAGCGAUGCCAACAACAUCGAGGAUCUGUGGAACUUUGUUGAACAAGUGGUGACCCAACCAAACCAGGGCUCGGAGCUGAGGCAGCUUACCUUUACGACCGUGAAUCUCUACAAGAAAUUCGAGCCACGAGACGUCCGCCAUGUCUUGUUGACGACAUUCAGACACGGUGACAAAUGGCUUCGCCAGCCCAAGGGUGCAGCCCAGGCACACGACCAACCUACUCUCGCCGACAACGACAAUACGAUAUUUGCGUGGCUCGCCCCGGAAUAUCUCGACGGAAAUGGGCAAAUCAAGCAGGUUCACCGAGCCAGGAUCAGCCAAUGGUACCACCGCGCCCUUUACAUCAGAAGCAAGCCAUGGCUUCUUCAGGCCUUCCGGGAUAUCGGUUUCGAUCAGGGCGCCGCCGCUGGACAGUUGGAUUUGUUGACACGGGCAUCUAAAGUUCUCCAGGCGGGCAAACCCCUGGACGGCUACCAUUUGCCCCUGAUUGCCUUGGCUCUAGCAUACUGCCCCAAUCUCGCGAGGUUGACAAUUCACAUUUGGCCCGAGGCGACCGACCCUUGGCUGAGGCGGAUUUUCGACUAUGCAGUGGGAAGACAAGGCUUCGUCACUUUCAAUACCCUGGGUACACCCCCAUUCCGCAGAUUGAAGACGGUCAACACCGCGCCCAAGCUGUCUCGUAGAGGAACGAACGGGAUACCCGUGGCUAAUGAGCACGAGCCAGUCAGCAUAACCAGUGUUGAACUGCCAUUUCACCGACUUCCCGUACUCGAAGAGGCCUUGCUGUACCAUGUCAAGGCUGAUGCUACUUUCGGCGCAACCCCCAACCUGCCAGAAUACUAUGGACAAAUCGAGAAACUCCAUGCUAGCGGCCCAAUUUACAACCAACUUGAGCUUCCCACCUGGGUCGUUCUCUCACCCCGCCUCCGCCAGCUCAGCUUCCGCAUCCCUGGCGACGAAUGGCCUUUUAUCCCACCGGGAGCGCAUUCAUCCAACGGACCAGCUCCAUUCCUGGAAGACACGGGACCCCGUUUAUGGUCAGGACUUUACCCCAUGCUCUACCACGUGCGCAAUCAGCUCGAGUACCUCGACCUGUACCAGGACAUGGUUCACAGGACAAAGUAUCAGCAAUGGGAAAAUAUGUAUUACUUCAUGAGGCCAUUCUGCUUCACCUUUGAGGAGUUCCCCGUCCUGCGCUACCUCACCAUUUCCCCCCUCAUCUGGGGCGGAUCUCACUGCCAGCAUCUCUCACCAGAUCGUCUCCGCUCCCACAUCCCCCCGAACGUGGAGACCCUGGGCAUCUACGGCGCGAACCUCCACUAUCUCCACGGCCUACCAGUGAAUCCCGUAGCUAUCGAGGAAGAGAUUCAGAAUAUCAUGGCCGACGCUCGUCAGCUGCGUUGCCUGAUCCUCGAGUCGCGGUUGAACUGGCACCGGCCCCCUCAGGCCUUUGAAUCCGGUUACACCAACGCUCACGCUGAUGCCGCACUCAGGGGCAUUCAGAUUCGCCACGACGGGGAAAACACCAUGUUCUAUGGCGGGAAGGGAACGUGGAUUGGUCAUUCGGUAUUGGAAGAUGCCGACCUAUGGGCGUCGAGGGUCUAUGAUAUGGAGUCGCGGCAUAAGGAGGUUAUCCCACAGGGGCUCGUGGUGCACGGGAUGGAGGGUAACUUGCAAGAUACUCGUCUAGACCCGUGGGGCAAUCCGGUUGCUCAGGCGGCGGCGAAUGGUGACGAUGAUUCGAUGGAGGUUGACGAAUAA